CACAGAUUGUUCGCUACCCGGCCCUUUUUUAACUUUGCUAGGGCCAGUCCGCAUUCCAUUUCGGGCCCAAACAAAACAACACCAACUGCUAUCUACUCUACACACUCCCAAGCUCCAACUCAGCGACAGACAUCCAUACAUCAACUCGACAAUGCCACCGACAACCCCCUACCCCCGCUCCGUCGUGAAGCGCAUAGCAAAAGCGCACACUGGCUUCAACGUCGGCAAGAACGUCGAUAUACAGCUAUACCUCCAGUACAAGCUCUUCAUGCAAGAAUUAUUGCGAGAAGCAGACCUCAAGGCGCGUAAACGGGGAGCUACCAGAAUCUCGCCCACAGAUAUCAAGAAGGUCACUUCGGAUGUCUUGCAGAAAUUCAAGGUCUAGAGACAACCGAACUGGGAAGGCGUUUUGAUAUGGCUGGGUCGUUUUGCUUCUGGGCGGGGCGUUACUGGAGUUCGGGGGUCGAGAAUCAUCUGUAAUACCGCUCGACUUCUACUGUAUUGUUUUCGUUCUUCUUUCGAGCAUCAAUCAAAGCAUCGAUUUUACACGCGCAGCGAGGC